UUUCUGUUGAGAGAAGGAAACCGGCCUCCGAAGGAGCUGCGUAGCUGUUGACUGAGUCCUGAGCCUCGGCCGUCACAGGGCCCUGGGUCGUUUUCAGGCAUCUGACUCAAUCCGUCUCCAGAUCUGGAUCUUUCUCUGGUGGAUCUUCAGUGAGGGCCACUGCCACAGCUGGUGCCCGGGACCUGCCUGACCGCCACAGCACCAUGGCCUCCAGGUCCACGUCCGCAGGCCAGGACUGCUUGGCCUCGGUGUGGCUCUGCUUCCGCCUGCUGCAGUUGUUCUCCAGCUGUGUGGCCUUCUGGCUGGUGACUCCUGGCUUUCAGAAGUGGGUGUAGGUUACGAGGCCAAAAAUACCUGCACCAUGCUCAUCUGGUUCCUCUUUGCCCAUAAGCCUCAUCGUAGUCAUAGUUGAAUUACGUAAUAUCCAGUCCCACUUUCUCGUACCACAUGCCCCUCACAGAUGCCUGCUUCGCCGCCCACGUCUGUCUCUCACUGUUCCUCGUCCAGUCUAUCCAGAGAGUCCAGUUUUUGCCUUGGGACCCUUUCAUAAGCCGGGUCAACACUGCCCUAACAUUCACCUCCAUUACGUGUUUCCUUUUUGGUCUCGAAUUGUCCUGCACGUGGAACUGCUACAAGCUCGAAGACCUCACCUGCGCUGUGUACACCGUGCAGGGCGUGCUGAAGGUGCUGGAGAUGUUUGUGGCCUGUGUCAUCUUCGCCUUCAUCAGCAACACUUCCCAGCAUCUGAAGGAGCCAGCUCAUGAGUGGUGUCUGGCCAUCUAUUGCAUCUGCUUCACCCAGGCAACUGUGGCCACGCUGCUGAACCUGGGCAACUGGGAGUACAGGCUGCCCAUCCAGCUGACCCUGCUCUCCGUCCUCCUCUACUCCACUGCUUUGGUUCUCUGCUGGCUCUACCCAGUAGAUAAGAAGAUUAAGGAUAAGCCUGAGGGAUUCUGGGGCGUGUAUAUGUUGGGGCUCACCCACUGCUCGAGCCACAGGGACUAUCGACCGGCUUUGGCCAUCCUGACAGCCAUCAACCUGCUGAUUUACGUGGCCGACCUGGUGAUCUCAGCCCACUAGGUUUUUGUCAAGGACUGAGGAUCAACCCUCUUGUCAAUGGAGGUUUCUGUGCUGAACUCUGAUGUCGUCUUCCUGGCUCCCCUUCUCACAUCCUUCCCUGUUCAUCUCUCUUCUGUUUCCUUCCCUCCAUAUGCUCUUUGUCCUGUUUUAUGUGUUUGCUCACACCCUGUUUUGUCUUUCUUUUGCUUCUCUCAUCUUUUCUACAUUUUCUGCUUUUGCCCCUUUUCUGAUCAUCCUUGGUUUUCUCAUCUCCUAUGUCCUGACCUCCUCUCCCCAUUUUCCUGUUGAUCCAUCAAGAUCAGAUUUCCUCCUUCUCUGCCCACCACCCCCUCCCACCUCCUAAGGUGCUGACUUCACAGCACAUACCUCUCUCUGUGGCUGUUCACACCCUGGACAUCCGGAAGGGCCUCGUUACUAAAGCAAGUCUGUACCCCUGGCAGUGCCUUACUUGGUGUGUCUGGAUGAGUUCAGGGAUGGCAUGUGUAACUAGGCAUUGGGCCUCAAUUAUCUGAGUGGAGGGGGGGUGUACAGUGUGCCCUCCCUUCAAUUAAAAAAAAAAAAACUCAAGAGGUCAAUUAUUUCCAGUGGACAGAAGUCUUAAAACAGAGACCCUGGGUUCCAGGGCCCCACCUGGUGUUCAGCCCCUUUGAGAUUGGCUCCAGAAUUUUUGCAGGCUCACUAAACACCUGCUGCCUAGAGGGCAUAUUAGAGGAAGCCAGGGGUGAAUGCCUUCCAUCCCAACUACUCUACAGGGAAUCAAAAAAAGGAGCUGGUGAAGAACCCCUGGAUCUUGAAGACACCUGUAUGCAGUGUUGGUGAGGGACAGCGAUGUGGCCUUCCUGCCCCAGUGUUCAAAACAGCUUGUGCUGCCUCUGCAGGGAGAAGAGCAGGGCCACUGCAGCCUUAAAGGUGAUGCU